GUCCCGGAAGCGUUUCUAGGUGACGGCCGCCCUGGCCCGGCAGUAUCACGGUGGGCGGCGGCUGUUGCGGCUGAGCGGGCACCGCUAUGGAGCAUAUCCGCACUACCAAGGUAGAACAAGUGAAAUUACUAGAUAGGUUCAGUGCAAGCCAUAAGUCGCUGACAGGAACUCUAUACCUUACGGCAACUCAUCUGUUAUUCAUAGAUUCAAGCCAGAGAGAAACAUGGAUAUUACAUCAUCACAUUGCUGCAGUGGAAAAACUUCCCUUGACUACUUCUGGCUGCCCCCUUGUUAUCCAGUGCAAGAACUUCAGGAUAGUUCACUUUGUCGUUCCCAGAGAGAGAGAUUGUCAUGACAUCUAUAACUCUUUGCUUCAGCUGUCAAGAACAGCAAAAUAUGAAGAACUGUAUGCCUUCUCCUAUAAUCCAAAACAAAAUGAAUCUGAGCAAGUCAAAGGUUGGCAGCUUAUUGAUCUAGCAGAAGAAUAUAAAAGAAUGGGAGUGCCAAAUGCUAACUGGCAGUUGUCCGAUGCAAAUCGUGAUUAUAAGAUUUGUGAAACCUAUCCUAGAGAACUUUAUGUUCCCAGAACUGCAAGCAAGCCCAUAAUUGUUGGUAGCUCCAAGUUCAGAAGCAAAGGAAGAUUCCCAGUGUUGUCAUAUUAUCAUAAAAAUAAAGAGGCUGCAAUCUGCAGAUGCAGUCAACCUCUCUCAGGUUUCAGUGCCAGGUGCCUGGAAGAUGAACACAUGUUGCAGGCCAUCAGUAAAGCAAAUCCUUCAAAUCGCUAUAUGUAUGUCAUGGACACCAGGCCAAAGCUUAAUGCAAUGGCAAACAGAGCUGCUGGGAAGGGCUAUGAAAAUGAAGACAACUACUCUAACAUUAGGUUCCAGUUUGUUGGCAUUGAAAAUAUUCAUGUAAUGAGAUCCAGCUUACAAAAACUUCUGGAAGUCAGUGGCACAAAGGGUUUGUCUGUCAAUGACUUUUUGUCUGGUUUGGAGAAUUCUGGAUGGCUGCGUCACAUCAAAGCUGUGUUGGAUGCUGCUGUCUUCCUUGUCAAGGCAAUAGCGGUUGAGAGCGCGAGUGUAUUAGUGCACUGCUCAGAUGGCUGGGAUAGGACUUCCCAAGUUUGUUCUCUUGGAGCUCUCUUACUAGAUUCCUAUUAUAGAACAAUCAAAGGAUUCAUGGUCUUGAUAGAGAAAGACUGGAUCUCUUUUGGGCACAAGUUCUCUGACAGGUGUUGUCAGUUGGAUGGUGAUCCAAAAGAGAUCUCACCAGUGUUCACCCAGUUUUUAGAAAGCGUGUGGAACCUGACCGAGCAGUUUCCACAAGCCUUUGAGUACAAUGAAGCUUUCCUCCUUCAAAUCCAUGAACACGUCCAUUCGUGCCAGUUUGGUAACUUCCUUGGAAACUGCCAAAAAGAGCGAGAAGAACUAAAAUUAAAAGAGAAGACCUAUUCCUUGUGGCCAUUUCUUCUGGGUGAACGAAAGAAAUAUCAGAAUCCUCUGUAUAAUCCAGACUUUUCUCCAGAACUAACUCUUUUGGAGCCUAACACAGUAUCAUUCAAUUUUAAGUUUUGGAGAAAUAUGUACCAUCAGUUUGAUCGAAGUAUGCAUCCCAGGCAGUCUGUGUCCAAUCUUAUUAUGAACAUGAGUGAACAAAAUAAACAACUGGAGGAAGACAUUAAAGAACUGGAAGCUAAAAUAAAGCGGAGAAAUGGGCAGUCAGGUGCAGUCCUUGUGAAGGAACAUCAGCAGUCUGCUCAUCCUGCACCCGUGGCACUGAAGACCCCUCCGUGCUUCAAGGAGCAGCCACUGAUCCCUGUGAACGAUGCUGUAAGAACUAUAGAGGGCAGCAACACAGCAGACAAUCGCUACAGUGAAUUGGUGGCAGAGUUCUCGAAAGCUGAGCCUGCUGUUGUCAGCUUGGAGUACGGAGUGGCCAGGAUGACCUGCUAAUUAAAAUCCGGCACUGUGCUCCUCUUCUUCUAGACUGAUUGAAUUAAGAGAUGGAUUAUUUUGAGGAUGGAUUUGUGCUGCAUGACCAAAACACGAUUUGUAUAUUGGCAAGUUUUGUUAAUGUAGACUAGAACAGCAUGCUAGUUGUCAAGUGUUUGCUGUUCUUUUAAGAAAAAAAGCGUAGCUGUGUUUUAAAAGAAAUGGGGGUAUUUGGUAAGUAGUGACUAAAAAUCAAGGAAUGGUAUGUCUUUGGACUUAAGUCAGUUUGCACUAAAUUGAUUACAACAGUAAUACUACUUUAUUCAGUAUAGGAAAACACAGGUGGUCUUUCACAGAUUGAUUUUAUUUGGGCAAGAAAACUUGAACUUUCUAUUUUAGGAACUGAAGCUACAUGUAUAUAUCGCAUAUGAUAUGAAUAUGUAUACUGUUGUUUAAUGUCACCCAGUACUAACUUUCAAUGUAUUAAGUGCCAUGGAAAAGUAUGAUAUAUUUCAAAUCAUAAAUAGUUGGCCUUAAACCUGUCAGAUACUGUCAAUGAUACUGUCCUUUAUUGGAGUCUACCUGACUCUGUUUACAUUGUAUUUCCUCAAAUUGUUACUUCUUUAAAACAGGACUGAAUAUAACGAAGCAUGCCUAAGCUGGCACAGCCUUUCAGCAAAUAGCUAUAGGAAUGUUAACUUAUCACCGAAGACUGUUUCUUCCAGUUCCUCUAUGGUUUAAAAUGUAAUAGAUUGGCUGAUUUUUCUUCUCUGGCAGCUCAGUAGACUGAGCAUCAUUGAAGCUACAGGUUGUGUCUGACCUUCAAUGUUUUGAUUUGUGGCAAGGUAUUUAAGUGCAGAGUAAGAAGAGUAAAACAUGUUGUGUAAGAAAACAAAACUUAGCCAGUAACUAACUUGUCAUAUCUAUACAGAUUGUUUACUAUGUGCUAUACAGUUGUUCAAGUUCCAAGAAUGGAAGCAGAAGUUUUAGAAGCAUAGUCUACUGACAUUUGUCCUCAAGUACAGAAGUCAUUCAGAUGUCUGAAGCUCAUGAGAAACUGAGUGCGUCCUAAAUCUUUCAUUAGAAGAAAACUUUAGUUUUUUGUGAAAUCCCCUUCUCAUCUUGUAAAAAAAAAAAAAAAAAAACAAAAAAAAAACCCAAACAAAAAAAAACUUGUCCAACCUGUGUGUAUUUUAAGUAAUUUCAGUAUAGUCUGGAGAUUUUUAUGUAGUUGGAGAGAGGACAAAAACUUCUUCUAGCAGGAUGCAGUAAAGAUCAUGGGAGAUAAAAAAAAAAAAAAAGAGGGGGAAACUUAGAGUGUGUAAGCUUAACUUGUAACCUUCUAGUCAGGGAAAAGGUUUUUGCUGAAGUUUGUCUCACGAUGGAUUUUCUGAGGAGAUGACAGAAUAGGGAAGAAAAAUGCCGGUGCCCAGUUCUGAAAUAGAGGUAUAAAUUAGAAUUGUGGGUAUUAAGAUCUGUAGGUAUGAUGUUAGAUUAAUACUACUGACCUUUUAUCUCUGGAUUUAGAUCACUUUUGGCUACAAGUGAAAAUUAGUCUGUUCUCAUCCUAAUCCUUGAAGUCUGGUUUAUUAAAAUUAGUGGUGUGCCACACACAAUUUGACACAAAUGGCAGCAUUUCCCUCUGCACCAUAUUGGAUCCAGGACACUCUUAACAAGGCUGGUAUAGGUCAUGAUCAAGUUGCACUUGUGAAACUGUCUGGGAGAAAUUAACUGUGACUCCUGUAUUUAUCAAUUCACCUGUUUCACUAAUUUGUUUUUUAAAAGCCUAUAAGUGUAAAUAAAGGUUCAUAAGUAUUUCUAUUCCCAAAGAUAUGAGCAUAGUGUCAUCUUUAAAAUACAUUAUCCAGUCACUUAAACACGUUUCAAAAUUUUCCACUACAGGUUUUGAUAGUCUCAUGUUUGCACAGUGGUGCCUUAACAGGGUUGCAGCAAGAAAGGUUUUUGUGCCUUGUCAUUUGUCUCACCUUCUGUAUCAACUUGGUCCUGUGGUUUUCCUUUGGAGAAACAUCUUGUAUAUUAAGCUUGUGUUGUAUCACAGUAGUGACAAAUUUCACUGACAAUAUAGGCAAGUGUUAUCAAUUUGUACUUGUUUUAAUAUUUAGCUGCUCUGGUGUGCUAUGUACACUUCAUAUUUAUUGUUUAGAGUUUAUAGACUUAAAAGAUUAUAUUAAGCUUUUUUGCAAA